GCCUUUCUACACGCGGACGAGAUAAGACUUCCAAGAAAACGAACAGAACUCUCGUCUCGGUAAGUCCUACUGUUCGCGCACUUUACAUACUGAUCCAGAUAUCCCGCCACCCGUAGCUGCGAGAGCAAGAACAGCAAGCCGCGAUGGGUAUAAACUGGCCGCACGGCGGGGACCCUUCCCCCUACCCGCCCAGCCUCGUCGACGACAUCGUAUCCAACACCAUCGAGAUAUUCCGUCUCCUCGAGCUUCCGGAGCCGCACGUCACCGUCCUGACCAUGGUCUUCCACGUGCUGCUGUUCUUCGUCGCCUGGUUCUGGAUCACCUUCAUGUUCAUCGUCAUCCGCCAGUCCGUCUUCCUCACCCUCUUCCGCUCCCUGUCCGGCACCGAAUCCCGCCACGACCCCGUCCCCGAGCCCUGGGACGUCACCUUGCUCCGCCUCCUGAACCCGCAUAACUACGACAACAUCGUCGGGCUGGCCGCCGGCAUGACUACCUUUACCGUCUCCCUGUUCCUGCUAACCGUGGCCGUGGCGGCGAGCGACUCCUGGACGGGAGCGCUCGUGUGGGUGCUCCUCUGGGCCGGCUGGCUGUACGUCGGGUGGCGGUACUGCCAACCCAUGAAGUCGCGGUACACGCGGGAGGACGUCAGGCUCUGGGCCGGGAACGGCGUGUGGUUCCACGCGAUACUCCUCAUCGCCGCCCUGGCUUACUUCCCAGCGCUCAUCCGGCAGAUGGACAACGGCAUCGUGCGGCUGAACGAGAUCCUCGAUACCGCCAGCCCGCCGUUCCUGAAGGAUAUGGCUACCGAGAUCAUCUUCAGACAUAACCCUCCGCAGUACAGGAUGCUCGCUCCCGAGGACAGAAUGGAAAAUAACGUAUGGAAUUAA